AUGUCUUUCUCUUCGCGCCGGAGUGUGCGAUGGGUCUCCUUCGCCUCCAUCAUUCUACCUAGUUUGGCCACGACCCAAGGAACUUACCACCUCGAAGAAACAUUCAAGGGCCGAAACAUCCUCAAUCAUUUUCACGUUUAUGAAGGUAGUGAUCCUACCAAUGGAUUUGUCACAUAUGUCAACCAGAGCUACGCGGAAGACUCAGGUCUCAUCGACAUAACUUCCUCGGGAGGCCUGUACAUGGGCGUCGACCAUACGACCGUGCUCAACGUGGACGGCCCCGGCCGUGACUCUGUGCGGAUUGAAACCAAGGACUACUAUGAGCAGGGACUAUAUAUUAUAGAUAUUCAGCACAUGCCCGGCAGCAUCUGCGGAACAUGGCCCGCAUUCUGGUCCGUGGGCCCGAACUGGCCCAACGAUGGCGAAAUUGAUAUCAUCGAGGGAGUCAAUAAGAACGAGGCCAACGAGAUCGUCCUCCAUACCAGCGGCUCAUGCGAUGUGGGCGGUAACAAUGAUAUGUCCGGUAACAUCACAUCUACCGAGUGUGGGGAGGCCUCCGGGACCAUCGGUUGUGUCGUCGACGGUGCGCAAGGGUCAUUCGGCACGCCGUUCAACUCGCAAAAUGGCGGCGUGUACGCCAUGGAGUGGGCUUCGGACUUUAUCAAAAUCUGGUUCUUCCCCCGAUCCUCGAUCCCGGCCUCCAUCACCAAGGAGAGCCCUAAUACCACUGAGUUUGGAACACCCAUGGCCCAUCUGGAGGGUACCUGUGAUUUCAGCCAACGAUUCUCGUCGCAAAAGUUCAUUUUGGACACUACCUUUUGCGGCGACUGGGCUGGAAAUGUGUUCGGCAAGAGCGAAUGCCCUAUGAGUGACUCUAGCAGCCCGAUGAAGAGCUGCGUCAACUAUGUGGCCGAGAAUCCCGCCGUUUUCAAGGAAUCAUACUGGGAAAUCAACUCUUUCAAUGUAUACAAGACUGGCGCCUCUAGUACCUCUAGUAGCAGCUCUGCCACUUCCCCUACAACCCGCACAGCGACGUUGGAAAGCACAACAACUACAUCAACAGUCGCUAAACCCGAGACUUCGGUGACUACAGCCACUGUGAGCAGACAUUCUAGUGUUCCUUCGACGGCAGAGCCAGAGGACUCCGAACCCGUGUCCACCAUGACCAGCUAUGUAACGUUAACAACCAAGCUCUGCCCUCUCAGCCAGAGCCGCCUGCAAGUCCCCACAGCACAGGCGGUUUCACACGCCGCUGAAUCCUCAAGCGUAUCGCUGUCUUCC